CACUUCGGCUCGACUGGUCCCACGCGCGCACCAGCAAACUCGUGCCUUCAGAGAGCGCACCCUUCUAUUACCCCACGACCAAGAACUCUAAGAAAUCGCCAAAAAAAUUCACACUUUGGAGGUACAAAGUUCAAGCUUGUACUACCAAAUAUUUUUUACUGUAUUUUAAAGAAUGGAUAGCGCUCAAAGUACCACACUGGCCCUGACCUGUAGUCCCUACGCAAGCAUGUUUCCUGCCUUUUCGUCCAAAACACCACUGCCCUUUUGGAGCAAUGGUUGUCCGUUAGCCUUUCGAGGGGAAACGGCCCAGGAUCGCCCUAAAAGCCCAAACUGCCCGACCAGCAAAGGUAGCCCGCAUGACAGUGCUGCAUUGGUCCCAAUCCACAGCUCCGCUUUCCACCCGAGCCCGCCAUCUCUGCCAUACAGACUUUACCAGUCCCACGGCUUCAUGCCUGCAACCUCGAUCCACGCCACUCUCUUCCCAAACGACUUGUGCCCAGCCUUCCCGGCCAUGCCACCUGUCUUCAGUAGUGGAUUACCCAUCAUGCCUCGGGCCUUCCACUCUCGUUCGCCUGUAAAAUCAAGCUCCGAGUCCCGACACGGGUUGAUAUCUCCUCGAGAAAGUACGAGCCCUGAUGGCCCCAAGAACUGUCACGUGUGUGGCAAGUCGUAUGCGAGGCUGUCGACCUUGCGGCUUCACAUGAGGACACACUCUGGAGUUAAGCCCUACCAGUGUAUGGUUUGUCUGAAGUCUUUCACGCAGGCAGCAAAUCUUACUGCUCAUUUCCGGAUUCAUUCCGGCGAAAAACCAUUCAGGUGCCGUGUUUGCGGGCGCCAGUUCAGCCAGUCAUCUUCAGUCACCACCCACAUGCGCACGCAUAACGGGGAACGUCCGUACAAGUGCAAGGUCUGCAACAAGGCGUUUGCCGAUAGCAGUACGCUGACCAAACACGUACGGACGCACACCGGAGAGAAGCCUUACCAGUGCGAGAUUUGUCACCAGAGGUUCAGCCAAUCAGGGAACAUGAACAGGCACAAAAGAAUUCAUAAUGAACUAUAAGUCGCUAGAAAAAUGAUAAUCAUGCGAUCGAAAUGCACUCUAAAUUCUAAGAAAAUUUUUAAGAAAAAUAAUUAAGAAAGCUUUGAAUUCAAUCAGAGAUCUGAGUUCAUACUUGAAUUUAUUAUAGAUUCGAAUCUGUAAAUAGCAACAAGUAAUAAUUUCAUCGUUCGUCGAAUUUGCAUGCUAGAAUAAAGCUUUCGCCGAGAAGCUGAAUUCUUUGUAAAAAUAUAGCUGUUUCUACUCAAACACUAUAUGAUGCUAUAGUAUAUAACGUAAGAUUGUACGUCUUCAAAUAUUUAUCUAUGAAUUUAAAAAAGAUAUUGUACGAAAUAUGAAUUGAGUAUAGAUUAUUAAAUCUUGAGUCUAA